AGGGUAGUGAGAGUAAUGGGAGGGGAAGAGAGGGAAACGGCAGCCAAGAAAGCCUGUGUUUAUACCUUGUCCUUGGCAAGCAGCGAGGUCGUCGGUGAGGUCCUUCGCGCCCCCUCUCGGUGCCUGAUCGAGGGUCAGGCACUACCAGAGGAAGCUGAGCCCUGCGGAUACAAAUUGAGAAUUUGCCUCGUUCACGCUCGUAGCAUCACACUGACGGGGUGGGUCCCUCUCGACGAGUCCCUCGACGCGGCUGCUAAUUCCAUCCAGGUACAGUGCAACGCGGGCUUUUGGCGACUCUCCGGAGAAGGCGUACUAUGUCCGAAAGUACUCCUGACCCAGCAUGGUGCCUUAGUCCAUGGGCGCAUCUCUUCUAGGGAGGCAGCAAGGCCUGGACCCAGCCCUGCAAGCAACUACACUUAGUAAACGAUGAGCGUCACACUCCUGAGCCGGCAUAUGCAUACAAUGCCUCGCUCUCGUUCGGGCCGAUGCAGGCCGGCGUGGGAUCUUGUUGCUGCCAUCAGUCUCAUAUCCUGGACAGCGUAUACCUUCUGUGGUCCCCAGCUCCCUGUCGUUGUCAAGAAAGUACAGCGAGCAAGGUCAACGACUGCACAGCGUCCGACCUCAUACAACCAUCGACAAGCACCCGACAUGAAAGUCCUCCUCCUUCUGGCAUCUCUCGCCAUGCAAUCUCUAUCGACACGCGCCAGCUCAGUGGACAGCGGCUUUCCCCUGGGUGUACGCAAGCUCUCGCACCAACACAGUCAUCCCUACAAUGCCGGCUUCACCGACGUCCCAAAGUCAAUGCAAUGUCCUGGCUACUCUCCUCCUCCCACUGUCAAGAAGACGUGCGCUCCCUUCUCCUUCAACAUCACGUGCACAUCCACAUCCACCUCCGACAGCGCCCUCACGCCCACUUCACGCUCGGCAGAGGAGGACAAGAUGGACAAAGAGAGGCAAGACGAUUGUUCGGCUCAGCUGCCCCAGAUUCUGCAGAGGAUCACCACAGAUGAAUCGACGUGGAACUGUCUCACCCUGCGAGCUGCCUCAUCCUCUGCACUCUCCCCCGUUCCUCUCUCUGCACGCCAGAGCGAAGAGGGUAAAGAAGACCCUGCUGAAACGAAUCAAGCGGACGCUCAUCAAUCUCACAAAGCCAAAGGAAGCACUAAAGAGACAAAGAGCACCAUCCUCCUACCAAGCGUCGAUGUGCGCUGCCACAUGGAGAAUUGGCUUCCCAUAUGGCUCAACAACACUGCUUGGAAUGCCACGGGGGCUAUGCCGAGCGCUACGGGAGGGUUGGUGGGGGGAGAGUGGGCUUUUGGGACGAGGUUGGAGACGUGUAUUGAGUGAUGAGGGACCAAGGAAAGCUGUUGAAGAGUGGAUGCCCUGACUCAAAGUCAGCCACAAGAGGGUCUUAGUUUACUUUUCCCUCCUUUUCGUAAGAAGUACCGAUCGAUCUCAAUGUAGCUACCUCUCGCGUUACCCGUCUCCACAUCUUGCGCUUCUGUGUCCACUCUCCAAGCGAUGACUAUGAACCUUGUGAUGAUUGAU